AUGCGGAAUAAAUUUGUGUUACGGGAUGUAAAAAUUUUCAAGUUUUCGAAUGUUGCCUGCGUGAGCUACAAUUAUUCCUGGUUCCAGUACCACGAGUCUCGUCUAAAGGCCAUAUCGCGAGAUAAAGUGAUCAUGAAUAUCAACGGAACUGUUUUCCAUUCUGUAAAUAAUGUAUUUCUUGACAUCAAACUUUAUAAAAGGGAAAGUGGAUACAAGCCGUGGCUCAUAAAAGCUGUAGUGGAUUGCUGUCGUUUUAUGAGAAAGGAUUAUAACCCAGCAGCUAAGAUACUAUUUGGUCUCUUUAAGGAAUUUACCAAUAUCAACCACAACUGUCCUUUUGUGGGACCACAAGUUCUCAAAGAAUUUUAUCUGAAACAUGAACUAUUGUUGCUUCCGUUUCCAAGUGGAGAAUAUAUGUUAUCCCUGAGGUGGUUCUUCGAUAAAAAACUUCAAUUUGACACCAAUGUUAGUUUUGUGUAUGUUGAGGACAUUUAA